AAUCUUUUCAGUUUUUAAGAUGUAAUUAUAUCUGUUACCAAAAAACAAUCUUUAGAUGGCAGUAAUCACGCUGGAAAAAUAGAACCAAACUUCAUGAAGUUUCCAAAAUAUAAUUUUCAAAAUAUUCGUCAAAUACGAAAUUUUUUCUUCAAGAAACAAGAGCCAAACUUCGACCUAGGAACAUGUACAAUUAUUCAGAAAACUGGAAAUGUUUCAACAAAUCGUUCAACUGUUCCAGAUACGAUUGCGAAACCUCCAUAUUACAAAAAUUUAAAUAAGCCGAGCGAAACAAGCGGACCAAUUGAAAUUAAAACUGAAGAACAGAUUAAAAGGAUGAGGGAAAGCUGUAAACUGGCUGCUAAUAUUCUUAGCAAAUGUGGUGACAUAUUAGAGAUUGGAAUGACAACAGACGAUAUUGAUGCAUUUGUUCAUAAUGAAACUAUUGCAAACAAUGCUUACCCAAGUCCUUUAAGAUAUUGCGGAUUUCCUAAAUCAGUUUGCACAAGUGUUAACAAUGUAGCCUGUCAUGGAAUUCCUGAUGAUCGGCCACUUGAAGAUGGAGACAUUAUCAACAUUGAUAUUUCAGUUUUCCUCAAUUCCUAUCAUGGAGAUUGUUCAAAAACAUUUUUAGUUGGUAACGUAGAUGAACGAGGGCGAUAUUUAGUAGAACAUAAUGAAAAGGCUGUGAUGCAAGCAAUUAAUAUUUGCAAACCCGGUCGAAAAUUUCACAGAAUUGGAAAAACAAUAUCAAAAUAUGCAAAGAAAUGUAAUCUCCGAACUGUUCCAGCAUUUAUCGGACACGGUAUUGGAAAUUUCUUCCAUGGCCCACCAUCGAUUUAUCAUUUUGAAAAUUAUUACGAUGUUGGAGUAAUGUAUCCUGGAAUGACAUUCACAAUCGAACCAGUUUUCUCUUUAGGAACAGAGGAAUGUGAAGUGUGGGAAGAUGGUUGGACAGCAGUAACAGUUGAUGGAUCAAGAACUAAUCUUUUUAAUUGUUUAAUUGAUCAUUUUUACCAAAAUAAAUACAAUUCAAAAGAACCAAAAAAACUGUUGAUUUUAUUAUUUAUUCCAUUGGCGAAUUGCUUCAAUAUUUCACCUAGUCCCAACAUAAUUAUUAAGAAACCAUCACUUUCGACGUCACUUCCACAAACAAGAUCAUCAUAUUUUGGCUAUGCGAUUAAUUUAAGAAUAAACAGUGUACUUAUUGGUGCACCACGAGCCCAAUCAACUCUUGCAACUCAACGGAAAGUUGAGGAAACGGGAGCAGUUUUUAAAUGUAACCUACACGAUGAUCAAAUUUGUCAUCCUUAUCACUUUGACACACUCGGAAACACCCGUGUAGAAAAUACCGACCUAGCUUACAAUUCAGAAAAGAAAGAUUUUCAAAUGCUUGGUGCUUCAAUGGAUGGUCAUGAGUCUGAAUUCGAUCGUUUUGUUGUUUGCGCGCCAUUACUGAAAGCAGAUGUUGAAGAAUCUGAUCAUUAUCUUCUUCAUGGAAUUUGUUACUGGGUUGAAAGUUCAAAUGGAACUCAACCAUCAGGAAUACGACAGAUUAUUCCUCUGAGACAACGAAAGUUUCAAACAGUUCCUGGUGACAAGGGUGAUCAUCAUUAUUAUUACAUCUAUGGAGAAUCAGGUUUCAGUGUUCACAUCAGUGAGAAUAACGAAGAGAUCAUAAUAGGAUGCCCAGGAAUAAUGAACUGGCGUGGAUCAAUCAUUCGUUAUCGUGCACAUAAACAACUUGAUUUGGGUGGUUUGAGUCGUCGUGACUUAACUCUUGAACAUUCAAUUCGAAAGCGACAAACAUUUGAGUUUAGAAGUGAGAUUCCGAACCCUUUCUAUACUGAUUUAUCAGAUGAUUCAUAUUUUGGCUAUGCUGUUAGUUCUGGAUAUUUUAUGGGACAAAGCAUUCCAAGAUUAUUUUAUGUUGCAUCUGCACCACAAGCCAACAAACAAACGGGAGAAGUGUUUAUUUUCGAUAUUGAAGAUUAUCGAUUCGAAAAGAAAAUAAAAGUUUUCAACAAGUUUUCUGGUACACAAAUGGGAGAAUACUUUGGAUACACUCUUCUUGUUGACGAUUUCAAUGGAGACACUCUUCCAGAUUUAAUUGUGUCAGCUCCAUUCUUCAGUAAAAGUGGAGAAUAUGAGAAUGGGGCAGUUUAUGUCUUCAUUAAUGAAGGAAACCUGUCGUUCGACCUUCAAAGUAUCGUAAUUAGUGAAUAUGAGCUUAACGGUAGAUUUGGAACUGCUUUGUCAAAGAUUGGUGAUAUAAAUUUAGAUGGCUAUCAGGAUAUCGCGAUUUCAGCCCCUUUUGAAGGCGACGGUGUAGUUUACAUAUAUCUUGGUGGUCCUGAAGGCCUUUCACUUAAACCGAUUCAAAAGAUUCAAGCACCUUCUGAACUUCCAAGCCCAUACACUGAUGUUGUAUCAUCAAUGUUUGGUCACGGCAUGUCUCGUGGUGUUGACAUUGAUUCAAAUGGAUAUCGAGAUAUUGCAAUAGGUUCACCAAAUGCCGAAUCAGUUUAUGUUUUCAAAACCUAUCCGGUUGUUAAAUUUGUUGGAAGUAUUACAACAUCUAAAAACGAACUUUCUUUGGAUGACACAAAGUUCAACAUGAAAGUUUGUGCACAUUUAGAAUCAUCAACUAUGAUUGAAAAUGACAUUGAAUUUGCUUUGACAAUUCUACUCGACACUCAACAUAAUCGUGCUUCGUUUUCACCUCGUGAGACGCAAAAUGUCAAUCAGGAAAUAAUUAAACUUGCAACUGGUGACGAUCGUUGUUUUGACAUUAUUGUAACUGUUAAAGGAACAUUAGCAGAUAUUUUUAAGCCAAUUCUUAUUGAAAUGAAAUAUGAUUUGGUAGAAAAAAUUCCCGAACAUACAACAGAAUUUUGUGAAACUUGUGUUGCAAUAGAUCCACGUGAUUCUAAGGUUGUAUCGACGAAGAUUACGUUCAACACUGGUUGUAAUGGUGAAAGAUGUAUAUCUGAUUUAGCAGUUGUUGGAACAUUGAUGAAUGUAAGACAACCUUAUGUUCUUGGAAGUGCCAAAGCUAUCACAAUACAAUACGAAAUUUCGAAUGCUGGAGAGUCUGCUUACUUGACACAAUUGAAGAUUACCAUUCCCACUAAUGUUACAACCUUUUCAAAAAUUCCUACAUCAUGUAGAGAAGAAAAUUCUGGACGUGAUAUGAUUUGCGAUAUCAACUCAGGAGCACCAGUGACCAGCAGUGAAACUAUUAAAAUUAACAUCAAUUUAGACACUUCAAAGCUUGAAGGUGACUCAUUUAAGGUAAUUGCUGUUGUAUCAAGUGCUGGUGAUGAACAGAAGCCUUUAGACAACACUUAUGAAAACGAGAUUUUUAUGACUGAAUUCAGUGAUGUUGAACUUCAAGGACAAAGUUCAGCACCUCAACUAUCAAUUGAAGAUGGACUCCGUGUUGAAAAUAUCCAGUACAGUUACAACAUUUAUAAUAAUGGACCGAGUACAAUCAAGGAACUUCUCGUUAAUAUUCAAAUACCAACAAUUUUCAUUCCUCAACCUAAUUAUCAUGUCCCCAUUGUAAAUUUUAAUGAAAUCGGUAUCAGAGGAUUUUACAUCAAUAAAGUAUAUGAAGUAACGUGGACUAAAGAGAAUAAAAUUCUCAUGCAAUCUGUAGAAGAGAUCGGCAAUGAGUAUCAACUUGCUGUUGACAAUAUGAAUGUUAAUUUUGAUUCAUCUAAGCUUGGUUAUGAUUACGAUAUUACUUUGCGGCAUGAAGAUCGUCAGAAUAAUAAUGAAGAGCCAUUUGGACAAUCACAACAUCGUAGACGUCGAAGAAGAAGUAUCCAACAAAGGGAUGAUGACAAUAUAUUCCGAGUUUUCAAUCAAUAUACUGGAAGCAUUGAUGAAUAUCACUCAUCUUAUAGAAUUUCAAGCGACAAAGAAGACAACACUCUAAAAACCCUUCCGAAAAAUCGAACUAUCUACUUUGAUUGCUCCCAAUCUGAAGAGAUGGAUGAAUGUGUCGAAGCUCAAUUCAUCAUUCAUAAUUUUAGGCCAGGAAGUGAACCAUUCAGUAUUAAUAUGAAUUUUUCAAUUGAUUUAUCAAAAAUUGAUGAAAUCUUCAAUGAAAAUCACAAUAUUUUCCUUUACAAAACAAACAGUCGCUUACAAAGGGCGGGGGAUGAAGAAUUAAAAACUCUGAAAGUUACCACAAGUAAUCCUUACACAAUAAUUUAUGAGAAAAGGUCAACUUCAACUCCAAUUUGGGCUUGGGUGAUGUCAUCGAUUCUCGGAAUUCUUGUUUUGAUUCUUCUUUGUUAUGCCUUGUAUCGACUUGGAUUCUUUAAAAGAUCACAAAAAGAAGAGUUGGAAAGAUUAACAAGGGAAAGCAGGAAUAUUAGUGCGGAAGAAGCUGAAGAGUUGAAGACAUUGAAUGCUUAGAAAUUUUCACAUGUGCCAGUAUUCAUAAGGAUUAAAUGAUUUAGAUCAUUAGUUUCAAUUCAUAAUAAUGUAGUUCCAAAGAUUUUCAAUAAUUUAAGCUUGAAUAGAGACAUUUAUUUGCUUCAUCAUAGAAACUUCAAGACUUUCCGUAAAAAAGUUACAUGCAUGAAUAGAUACUUAAAGAAGUGAUGAGUAUGUUAUGUUUAACGUAUAUUUAUUUUCAUUAAAGUUAUUUUAAUACUUUUUAAUUUUAUUCCUAUGAAUAAAAUGAAUUUUAGUGAUUCCAUUUAAAUGUUUUUCCUUUCAUCUUAAAAAUAUUUGUUUGGAGUAUAUUUUCAGGAAAUUCGUAUCUAAUUUUA